ACAYUGCACAACAACAUUGGAAAUUAUCGUUGAUUAAUAMUWCAAAAUCAAGCUCAGGAUGUAGAAAAAACUCCAUGAGGUCGUGCAUAAAGCGACCGUGUYUUUCUUUGUACAAAAAUCCGUGUUUGUACACGUUGAACAAGAGAUAUUUUGUGCAAAAUGAUGUCAAAGACAUCAAGCUGGCUUUUGGUGUCAAAACUCGUGGAUUUUGUAGUGAAAAUUCUGCUUCUAGCCCUUUAAGAACUGUAGCAAGCAUUCAAAACCGAACUCGUAGUCUUCUUAAAGCUGUAAGAGAUGCACAGAAUGAGCAAUCGUUAUUGAUAAGACUUGAACGUUUCAAUGAACAUGUCUUGAAUUAUGUACACUCUGGACGUAACGAGGCUAUUCGAGAUGGUGCCAUUGAAACUGUACUGAAUCUGAAGAAGUUUAAGAACGCGGAGAUAAGAAGGGAAGCGAGAAAAGGACUUACUCUACUAGGAAACGUGGAACCUGUGAAUGGAUGGGGGAUAAGAAUUCUGAGUAUUGAUGGAGGUGGCUCAAGRGGAAUUGCACCAAUAGAAAUUCUUAAAAGAAUAGAAGAUGCCUGCAAUAAGGAGAUUUAUGAGCUGUUUGACUUGAUAUGUGGWGUUUCCACUGGUGCCAUACUAGCUGUCCUAAUUGGAAUUAAGAAAAUGCCUCUUGAAGAAUGUGAAUAUGUCUACAAGAAGUUGAGCAUGGAUUUAUUUGAAAGAAAUACACUCAUUGGUACAGGAAAAUUGUUCUGGACACAUGCUUUUUAUGAUACUACUAAGCUUGARGAUAUUUUGAACACAAAUCAUGGYGGUGAAAUGCGRCUUAUAGAUUCUUCAUAUGAUACUGCCAUACCAAAGAUUGCUUUAGUGUCAACACUUGUCAAUCAGCCAGUGCUCAAGCCAUAUGUGUUUGGUAACUAUACUCAUCCAUUCAACUCAUUACCAAGAUUUCCUGGUGGCUGUCAGUACAGGAUAUGGGAGGCUUUAAAAGCRUCUUGUGCUGCACCUGGAUUCUUUGAGGAAUGCAGAUUAGAUAAUGAUGUUCAUCAGGAUGGUGGUCUUCUAACUAAUAACCCAAGUGCAAUUGCAAUACACGAAGCACGACUGCUAUGGCCAUCUACACCUAUUCAAUGCAUAUUGUCACUGGGAACUGGUUUAUAUAAAGGAAGGGUUGGUUCCCCAACCCCAAGCUUCAGCACACUAAGAGAGAAGCUGCUUAAAGUUGUAGCAAGUGCUACAGAUACUGAAGCUGUUGACAUUGUCCUAAGAGAUCUACUACCCAAACACACAUACUUCCGCCUGAAUCCCAACAUGUCUGAGGAAAUUGCAAUGGAUGAGUGUCGUGCUGAGAUGUUGGAUCAGGUUCAAAUUGAUACAAAAGUGUACAUUGAAAAGAAUGUGAAAAUAUUAGAGGAAACUGCACAGAGAUUACUUGAACCACGAACACUUACUCAAAGAUURCAMGAUAAGUGGAACAGAUGGAAAGAUAAUAAUGRUCAUGAUUGAUGAGAUAAGCAUUUCAGUCUUUCACAYGCAAAAU